AUGCCCUUAGCUGGGAUAAAUGUUGCUGACAUCUUGUUUUCCCAGGAGAACCAGAAGAUGGGGCAAGUGGUCUACCUUGGACUCUGCCUGUUGGGCUGCCUGAUCCUUAACCCUUUGGUGGAAGGUGCCGCCAAUCGCACCCAGAGCGCUCGAGCUCACUGCCCACCAGGAGCCAUCUUCUACAGAAAGUACUGCUACCAGUAUUUUAGCUCCAGCCUCUCAUGGGAUGAAGCCGAGGUCAGCUGCCAGAAGAGACAUGGGUCCCAGCUGGCCUCCAUUCUUUCUGCAAGGGAAGCAAACUUUGUUUUCCAUUACCUGCAAAACCAGGGCUCUAGCGACGUCUGGAUUGGUCUCUCUCUCCAGAAUAUCUGGGAAUGGAGCGAUGGAUCUGACCUGUCUCAACCCCUCUGGGAUGGAAAGAGAAUUAACACCUCCACCUAUGCAGGCGAAUGUGUCUCCCUGACUCCUUCAGGUUCCCGGAAAUGGAUCCAGCGUUCCUGUACGGCUGCCUUGCCAUUCCUGUGCAAAUACAAGGGUACCUAUUAUGCCUGA